CGAAUGAUUGAACCGGAAAGUGCCGAUAGUGGCGCAAAUUUUUUCUGUUUUCGUUGCUGGAAUGGUUGGACAGUAAUGACGCUUAUAGCCAUCGCCCGUUAAUAUGGGCUGCUCAACUUCUACGCCAGCCGUCAGCGAAGCAAACAGCAAAAGAACCUUGUCGGCUAACAAAGUGUGUGACAACGCCACGGAUUCGAAAUUGAAAAUGGGUGAUCAAGAAAAUAGUGGUGAAAAGGAUACAUAUCCCGCUUCGGAAGCCUACAUAAUACCGUUAAGCGAUGACACUGAGACGAAAGUUUACGCUGCAGGUGCUCCGGAAGCAGAGGACCUACUCGCUGCUACAGUGAAAAAGCAACCACCAAAACGCAUACAAGAAUUGAUGGAACAAGCGGCCGAAAAUGAGACGGCCACGCUAAAUCUACAAGAUUUGGAGGAGAAACUCGAAAAAGCGGAAGAGCGACGCAAGGAAUAUUUGCAACAAAAAAUUACAACAAUACAAAAGACAACACAAUUGCUGACACGUAGCGGCAGCAAGGAACUCUUAGAUAAACUAGAGGCAACACAAAUUUUUGAUGGCAAGGCAGCAGAGAAAGACAAUCCAGAUGACAAAGAGGCGGUGAAGAAGUAAAUAUUUUAGGCUUAAAACUAUCUUAUAUUACAAUCAUAUACAGCUAUAAGUGAAUAAUUAUAUUAAAAGUAUGAAAUAAAUUGUGUUUAAAGAAAUAUGCGCCUAAAAUGCUGCUUCAAAAAUAAGAUAUUCAUUUUAAAAUAAUUUUAAGCUGUUUUUCAUAAUUGUGUUUUUCAAAACUUACCUUUUAUGCAAGAAUUAGUUAGAUUUAGAAGUGAAUUUGCAAAAAAUU